CAUCUCUUCUCCUGCCUUGCCUCAAUUUGCCGUACUCUAGAAUUUUCCGAUUUCGGAGUCUCCGUCUGGGCGUUCAAUUUGGGGGAAUUCCCUGUUGGUUGGUUGAUUGAUUGAUUUCUUGGGGUUUAUGAUUUGGCUCCUAAAUCUUGAUUUUUUGGUCGGUCGGUUGAUUUGGUACUGAUCGGACGGUGGGCUGGUCCGGAGACGUAUGAGUAGGUCGGUGAAGCUCGCUACUUCCAAUUCAAAUCACUUCAUCACGUUCAUCCUACGAUUCUCAAUAUCGAAUACCUUUCUGCUCUUUCUGUUGUUGUUAAGAUUAAUUGCGAUCGCUCCUUUAGAUUUUAGUAAUCGUUUGUGUUCUACCAAGUGGUGAGAUUAUGGAGUUCAAGGGGAAGAAGAAUAAUCGCCAAUUGAGGAGAGCUCUUUGCUACUCAACCUUUCAAAGAACCACAGAAUAUCCUUCUGUGAUUGUUAUAGGUGCUGGUUUUUCUGGUAUUGCAGCUGCACGAGCACUUCAUGACGCCUCAUUUCAGGUUGUCGUGUUGGAAUCACGGGAUAGAAUUGGUGGUCGAGUACAUACUGAUUAUUCCUUUGGCUUCCCUGUAGACUUGGGAGCAUCGUGGCUACAUGGUGUUUGCAAGGAAAAUCCACUGUCUUCGGUGAUUGGAAGACUGGGAUUACCACUUUAUCGCACUAGUGAAGAGAACUCUGUUUUGUAUGAUCACGAUUUAGAAAGUUUUUCACUCUUUGAUGUGAAUGGAAAUCAAAUUUCUCAAGAUCUAGUUUCAAAGGUUGGCGAAACAUUCGAGAGCAUCUUGAAAGAGACUGAGGCUAUACGACUUGAAUCUAGUGAGGACAUGUCCAUACAACAGGCCAUCUCAAUUGUUUUUGAGAGAAGGCCAGACUUAAGGUUGGAGGGACUUGCCCAGAAGGUGCUACAAUGGUACCUAUGCAGAAUGGAGGGUUGGUUUGCAGCAGAUGCUGAUACCAUAUCACUUAAAGGCUGGGACCAGGAAGUGUUGCUUCCAGGAGGGCAUGGCCUCAUGGUCCGUGGAUAUCUUCCUGUAAUUAAUACUCUCGCCAAAGGUCUCGACAUCCGCUUAAACCACAGAGUGACAAAAAUAGUUAGGCAUUACAAUGGAGUAAAGGUAACUGUAGAAGAUGGAAGUGCGUUUGAAGCAGAUGCAGCAAUUAUUACAACUCCUCUUGGUGUUCUGAAAUCAAACAGCAUCAAAUUUGAGCCGAGGCUGCCGGAGUGGAAGGAAGAAGCAAUUAAUGACCUCGGCGUAGGGAUUGAGAACAAGAUAAUAUUGCACUUUGAGAAAGUUUUCUGGCCGAAUGUAGAGUUCUUGGGAGUUGUUGCCGAAACCACUUACGAAUGCAGUUAUUUUCUUAAUUUGCACAAGGCAACAGGUCAUUCUGUUCUAGUUUACAUGCCUGCGGGACAACUUGCCCGUGAAAUUGAGAAAAUGUCGGAUGAGGAUGCAUCUAAUUUUGCUUUUAAACAGCUUAAAAGGAUCCUUCCAAAUGCUUCUGAACCGAUUCAGUACCUUGUUUCACAUUGGGGCACGGACAGAAACACCCUGGGCUCCUACAGCUACGACCUAGUGGGGAAAUCUCAUGAUCUCUAUGAACGGCUUAGGAUCCCGGUUGACAACCUAUUUUUUGCUGGGGAAGCUACAAGCAUAGACUACCCGGGAUCUGUUCAUGGUGCAUACGCGACUGGUUUAAAGGCUGCUGAUGAUUGCAGGAUGCGGGUGUUGGAGCGAUAUGGGGAGUUGGAUCUGUUCCAGCCUGUCAUGGGUGAUGGCAUCCCGAUUUCUGCUCCGCUUUUGAUCUCUAGGAUGUGAAUUUACCGGACAGCUGAUUGUGCUCCGUGAGGAAUGGCAGAAACUAAAUGUUUGUCUGGCCAGCUGAAUGAUCGGAGCAUCGAUCAGUUGGUGUAGUCGGUGGUACGAGCUUGCUGCUUCUCUUUUAUAUAUAUAUAUAUAGAAAAAAAAAGUGAUGGACAUAUGUGAAAAAAAAAACUACUGGUGUGUGUGGUAAUAUUGUGUAAGUAAUAAAGGGAUGGCUUUGUGGUUAGUUUACAUCCCCCCCUCCCCACCCCACCCCCUCCCUUUGUGAAAGUGAUGGUUUGCUAUAAGUAAGUGAAAAUUCUACGUUGAACUUA